CAAAAUAACAAAAAAAAAAUCGGAAACUGCAUUCAGAAACUUCAUUCUUCAACACUUAGCAGCAACAAUUCUAAUUUUUGUCGAUUAACUAGUUCAUCCCUCUCCCAUCCGCAUAGCUUAAACUAAAAAGGGCGAAAAAGAAGCCAAAAGGAUUAGGAAAAAAGAGCAACAAACAGCCAAAUUCUUUUUCCCUUUUCCUGUUCAUACUUCAAUUUGCUCUUGUCUUCUGCAGAGUUAAGGCCAUGUUUGGAUGUUCCAUUUAGUUCGCGAUGGCGCAGAGGGGCUACUACGUGGUGGGGGAUUAUGUGGUGGGAAAGCAGAUUGGGGCGGGCUCGUUCUCCACGGUGUGGCACGCGCGCCACCGCGUCCACGGCACCGAAGUCGCCAUCAAAGAGAUCGCUACCUCUCGAUUGAACCCCAAAUUGCAGGACAGCUUGAAGUCCGAGAUCGUCAUUCUUAAGAAAAUCAAUCACCCCAACAUCAUCCGUUUGCACGACAUGCUCGAGGAGCCAGGAAAGAUGUACAUUGUUUUGGAGUAUUGCAGAGGAGGUGAUCUUUCAAUUCAUCUUCAACGGCUCCAAGGAGGAAUCUCGGAGGCAACUACGAAGCGCUUUAUGCAGCAACUAGCCGAGGGCCUCAAAGUUCUCCGUGAAAACAAUCUUAUACACCGGGACUUAAAGCCUCAGAAUCUCCUCCUUUCAUCUAACGGUGACAACAGCAUCCUGAAGAUUGCUGAUUUCGGCUUUGCAAGAUCUCUACAACCUUUAGGCCUUGCAGAAACUUUAUGUGGUUCACCGCUGUACAUGGCUCCCGAAAUAAUGCAGCUCCAGAGAUAUGAUGCUAAGGCAGAUCUCUGGAGUGUUGGUGUCAUUCUAUUCCAACUUGUAACCGGGAAAACUCCGUUUACAGGAGUUAACCAGAUACAGCUGCUCCAGAACAUCAUUAAAGCAACUGAUUUGAAGUUCCCACCUGAGGCAAAGGAUUUGAGUCUACACUGCAUGGAUUUGUGCAGAAAAUUGCUGCGGCGCAAUCCAGUGGAGCGGUUGACAUUUGAGGAGUUUUUUAACCAUCCUUAUCUGUCUCAAAGACAACUUGAUGAAUCAUUCAGAAACAGGCAAUCAGAAAGAGUUUUAGAUGGUUUCCCUCUUGAGGGGAAUACAGAUGAAAGCUUUGAUGAAGAUUGUUUACCUGAAUGUAAUACAGCCCAAAGUUUGCAUGAAGAGUGUUUACCGUUUAGUCUAGAUGAAGAAUCCAGUGGCACUAUUGUCAGUCCAUCUUACCCAGAAACAACCACCAAGAAGUCGACGCACGAGAGAUUUUCUCCUCGUAAAGAAGAUAUUACUGGGCCCAGAGUAGACAGCCGCCAAGGAAAGCUCAAGGGGUCUCCUAAAACCAUGAACCUUGAUUUACUACUAGAUACUCAUCCUAAAAAAGUUGAUGAUCCGGUGGAGUCCAUCGACAAGGAUUAUGUGAUUGUCCCUGGUUCUCCAAUGAAAAUUCCGUCAGUAGGGCAUGCUUUCAAGGCUAGUUAUUUUCAGUCUAAAUAUGGAAGUGCACCUUCUCAUCGUGAAAAUGUUUCCACUACUCCAUAUCCGAUAAUUGGGGGACGAACUGGUAAAUUUGACCGUGCACAAGGUAUAGAAAGUCCUCUAUCUGCUCCUGAGAUUUCACAUGGAUCGGUGAAUAACUUAGUUAAUUUAGAGCUGCCAUCAACCGACUACACGAUACGGAUCAGUUCAUUGCAGCGCUUUGCAGCUGCCAUCAGAGAGUUAGUAAAGGACAAGAUCAAGGGAGGAAUGCAGCUAGAAGCCUUUUCAGUUCAGCUCGUUAUUCUUGCUAUAUGGAAGCAAGCUUUGCACAUUUGUCACACUCAUGCAGCUUCAGCUAUGCAUGGAAGUCCAAGUCAUGAUGAUACAAGAUCGAGAGAAGUCUCUCAGGCUGAGCGUAAUUCAUCUGGUGAAGAGUUUCUUAAUAAUAUUUCGAAUAGGCAUGGGCCAGUUAACAUCAGCGAACAGAUAGAGAGAGCAUUUCUUCAAGAAGUUGAGCACGCUGAGGAACUUGCGAAAGUAAUAGAGCCUGGAAAUAAGGAAAUCCCAGAUGCCAUGGAAUUGAUAUAUCAAUCUGCACUAGCGUUGGGGAGACACGGAGCAGUUGAUGAAUAUAUGGGUGAUACUGAAAGUGCUGUGAUUUUCUACUCAAAAUCCGUUCACCUAUUCCGGUUUCUUCUAGUGGAGGCACCGUGCCUCGCUUUGAAUCCUCAAUUUUCCCUCACCAACUCGGACCGAUACCGGGUCGAGAAUUACAUUAAUGCCAUCAUGAACAGGCAUAACAUUUCAAGGUCUCAAAAAGUUGGCAUGUUGAAGGGAGAUCAUCAUCCUAGCUCUUCCUGAAACCGGUGCCGUAUCGAGAAAAUCACAUUAAUUUCAAUUCUUUAUAUUUUAUUUUUACCUUUUUUUCCUUUUGUAAAUUCCUAGCAACAUUAAAGCAUGCCUGUGCUGUAUGUAUAUAUAUUCACACUUAUUCUUGAAAAUCCAAAUUUGUACAGACGUUGUAAGCCUAUAUGGCUCUUUUCUUGAGUUUAUUUUACGCUUCCUUUGAAGUCAUAA